UUCUCGUGGUCCGAAUCAGAUACAAUGUCAUGGUUGGCGCGCUCCAUAGCCAACACCCUCAGACUCGAAGACGAAGAAGACGAUGAGAACGACGUGGUAUCCCCCAUUCCCUCCGAUCCAACUCUUUCUCCGUCUUCCACUCCUCGCCACCUCCAUCACCACCCACGCGGCCUCACCCAGCCCCAAUUCCAUGAUGAACCAUUAUCUCCAUCUCGUGGCGUGAGAGAGGAUUUGACCGAAUUCAAGCAAACCCUAACCCGCCAAUUGUGGGGCGUCGCCUCCUUCCUUGCUCCGCCGCCUCCUGGUUCCUCUUCGCCUUCCCCUCACCGCCCCAUCGAGGAUCUAGCCGGCCCUCCCGAUCGGAAACCCUCCAUCUCCGGGGCCCAACACGACCUGUCCGAUCCGGGGGAGGUCUUGAAGAUGCGUUCCGAUUGUGAUGCGUAUGCGUCGGGGGAUUUCCAGGAGGAGUACUGCGAGGAUGGUUGGGGAGACGCUGUUGGGAUCACCGAUGAAGUGCUGACGUUUGCGACGAACAUCGCAAUGCACCCCGAGACGUGGAUUGAUUUUCCGAUUGACGAGGAGGAAGAUAAUGACGAUCUUGAAAUGUCYGAUGCCCAAAAAGAGCAUGCUUUCACUAUUGAACGUCUUGCUCCUAGAUUAGCUGCUCUCAGAUUUGAGCUGUGUCCUUGCCAUAUGAGUGAUAGUUACUUUUGGAAAGUCUAUUUUGUGCUCCUGCAUUCAAGACUCAAUAAGCAUGACGCUGAGGUUUUAUCGACUCCACAGGUUGUAGCAGCCAGAUCAAUGUGGAUGCAGGAAUUACAAAAGCAGACCAAGCCAGAAGCUUACUGGUGUGGUAGAGACACUUUUGAAUUGAAAGACAGCUCUGGUGUGCUGCAGGAACAUGGUAUUUCCAUGGCAUUCCAUGAUACUCAUUCAGGAUCUACGCUGCCUUGGACAUUUACAUCCGAGCCAAGCACGUCAUCCACGUCAAGCAAUUAUGAGACAGAGAAAUACCUAAUAGAGAGUUCUGAAACACAAUUCAUUGAUAAGUCUGUUAUUGUCGAAAAACCUUCAAUUAAGAACGAGGAUAGAAGCUCGAUGAUUGGGUCUUCUGCAAAAUUCCUUGUUCAGAACUAUGAGGACGAGUCAGAUAAUGACUGGCUAGAGGAAGACUCGGAGUUGGGUGGUUGUAAUGCGGCCAUCCUCCCUCUGGAGAAUGAUGAAGAUAUUUCCUUUAGUGAUCUCGAGGAUGAUGAUAUGGUUUUGCCAUCUAAACUCAAGAUUGCUUCAAAAGAAUAGGGAAAUUUGACAACCAAAAUUAGAAGGAAAAAAAAUCAAGAUGUUGCUUCCGGUUGUGUAUCUGGUGAGGCUAAAUGAACUUGUACAACGUCGUCUGGCAUGAUUGUGGGGCUUCAUAUGCCGGUCCAAUAAAGCCAUCUGAUGUUGCUUUCGUGGGUGUGUUUGUAAAUGAGAUCAACGAACAUUCCAAUUUGGAAGAGUGUAUCUUGAUGAUGUGUUUUCUGUUUGGUUUCUUGUUUGGGAAUUGUGUAAAGAAUGUAUCAGUAAAUAGACAAAAGGGGAAAGAUAUAGAUUCUUUUUGUUCCAUAAGAUCUCCCUUAUCAGCUUGCGUAAGGUCAGGUGUGCCCAAAUACUAAAAAAAGAAAGCAACUUCUGUCAGGAAUGGAGAUUUCAGUGGAAGCUUUGUCUGACAGAAGAAACAGCCAACUUAUAACAGCCACAAGAGGCAGCGAAUUAUGUAGCUGAGGCAGCUGAUAAGAGGGUUCUGUUGGAUUCAAUAUUUGCUUUCUUUGGAGGAAAUUGCGUCCAUCACAGCCACAGGUACCUACAAAGCGACCAUAAUGGACCAUUUUUUUGAUUUUAUUGCUGUACUUUAACCUCCCUACUCCAUAAAGAUAUAUACAGCUUUAGUUAUCAUAUUCAUAGAAAGGCCUCUGUUCCAAUCCUUUUGGCGUAGGAAUGCAAGUUGGUGUAUUAUUUUA